UUUUCAUCAAUGAAGACAAAUCGUAGGUAGCAUUGUGAUAGUGGAUCAAUACCAAUAUAUCAUUAUACAUAAUACAUCUUCGUGGAUCUACUGAAUCUCUGAAAAAAUUGCCAAAAGGAAAACCAAAUGAAUGAAAACACACUCUUGUGACCGCGCCGAUAGUUGAUUAAUAAUUUAUCUUAAAAUUAGUUCAAUUGUAAUGGAUGUUUUUCCAUCAGAAGUUUACCCUUCGAUUGACGCUAUCGAUCAUUCUCCCGAUGGGAAACUCGCAAUUGGCUCAUCAAAGUUGACUGGCCGUUACUGGAAUGGUUCGCUAUGGUUGUUUAAAACUCCUGAUCUUGCUCCAGAUAGCAUCUAUGCUCCUGAUAAUAAGCAUUUCAGUUGUUGUGCCUCAACAAAUGCAGGUUGUACUGAUUUAAUGUGGUUGGAUGAAAAGAGAUUGGCAUUUGCUUCUGAUAACGGUAUUAUUGAACUAUGGUGUAUGGGCGAGAAUUUCAAUGAAGUAGAUAUUUUGGCCAACUUAAAUGGUCAUGAUGAUAUUGUCCACAGUAUAUCGGUGAAUUGUGACAAAGUAAAAAUUGUCAGUGGAAGUUUGGACAUGAGCAUUAGAAUUUGGGAUCUUGAAAAAGAAGCUUGUACUGAUACAUUUUUGGCUCAUUCUGAAGCCGUAUACGGAGUUAGUUUUAAAGAAGAAGAGAAAGAAGUGUUUGCAUCAGCCUCAGAGGAUGGCAGCAUUAUUUUAUGGGAUUUGAGGAAUGAUAAACCAGCAAAGCAACUCUUAAAUUGUCACCAUUAUUCAGCUGCACCUUUAUGUUUGUGUUGGGACAGAAAUGGAAAAUUUCUUGCCAUAGGUUAUAAAGACGGUACUGCUUCAUGUUAUGAUGCCAGAAACACAGAAGAACCUUUUGUCAAACAGAAGCCUCAUAGUCGAGAUGUAAAUGCCAUUGCAUUUUGUCCCAGCAGACCCUCAUGGCUUGCCUCAGUAUCAAAUGAUUGUGUUGUCAAUGUCUUUGAUCUACACUCUACACAGUUGUGUUAUCAGAACAAUGAUCAUAAAGAUUUUGUUCGUGAUUUAUCAUGGAGUCCGAUUGACAACAGUCUUAGAACAUGCGGUUGGGAUACACAGAUUAUUCGUCAUACUACGGCAAUGAUUGAGGAAGGAAUGAACACAAAAUCCAGUAAAACAGUUGCCUUAGAGACCAGUGUUAUAACUCGCGUAGGAUGUAAUGGAAUCAUAGCUAAUUCAAAUGAUUAAUUUAAUGAGGAAGACCAUGAAGGGUAUUGACAUACACUAGCAUUACAUCAACCAAUCUUGUGAGAGAUUUGUUGAAAAUAGGUUAUUGUUGAUUUUGGUAAAAUAUUUACUAAAUAUCUUAAAUGUGAUAACACUUGGCUGCUGUUCAAAUGAAAACAUUGAAAUAAUCAAAAACCAUUUUCAUCAUGAACAUGACAGCCAAAUGUAAGACUUUAAUAGAGUCAUUAUCACAACAAAUGAAAACGACACAGAUGAUGAUGAGGAGACCAUGUGACUAUAAAACCAUUACAACUUUCAUUUGUUGUCAUAUAUUACUUGAUUAAAAGUCAUAUUCACUAUGAAAAA